AGUGACGACGCUCCUGGCGCGCGCCGGGCAGUUUCUUCUCAGGCUCCGGGUCCGGCGGCGGCGGCGGCGGCGGCGGCGUAGGGUGUUUUAACUCAAAUGGGUGAUGAAAAGGACUCUUGGAAAGUGAAAACUUUAGAUGAAAUUCUUCAGGAAAAGAAACGACGGAAGGAACAAGAGGAGAAAGCAGAGAUAAAACGCUUAAAAAAUAACAACGCUUCUUCGGUGAAGUUCUUUUGUACUUCCAAAUGUCGCAGUCUGAUGACCGGGAUUCCAAGCGGGAUUCCCUGGAGGAGGGGGAGCUGAGGGACCACCGCAUGGAGAUAACGAUAAGGAACUCGCCGUAUAGAAGAGAGGGCUCCAUGGAGGACAGAGGAGAGGAAGAUGAUUCUUUGGCUAUCAAACCACCCCAGCAAAUGUCUCGGAAAGAAAAAGCUCAUCACAGGAAAGAUGAAAAGAGAAAAGAGAAACGUAGGCAUCGUAGUCAUUCCACAGAAGGGGGGAAGCAUGCCAGAGUGAAGGAGAAGGAGAGAGAGCACGAGCGCCGUAAACGGCACCGAGAAGAGCAGGAUAAGGCCCGGCGGGAGUGGGAGCGACAGAAGCGGAGGGAGCUGGCGCGGGAGCACUCCCGGAGGGAGAGGGACCGCCUCGAGCAGCUAGAAAGGAAGCGAGAACGGGAGCGCAAGAUGCGGGAGCAGCAGAAGGAGCAGAGGGAGCAGAAGGAGCGGGAGCGGCGGGCCGAGGAGCGGCGCAAGGAGCGGGAGGCCCGGCGGGAAGUGUCUGCACAUCACCGGACAGCGAGAGAGGACUAUGGCGACAAGGUGAAAGCCAGCCACUGGAGUCGGAGCCCACUCCGGCCGCCUCGAGAGAGGUUUGAGCUCGGGGACAGCCGGAAGCCAGUAAAAGAAGAGAAAGUGGAAGAGAGAGACCUGCUGUCCGACCUGCAGGACAUCAGCGGCAGCGAGAGGAGGACCAGCUCAGCGGAGUCCUCGUCAGCGGAGUCAGGGUCCGGUUCCGAGGAGGAGGAGGAAGAGGAAGAAGAGGAGGAGGAGGAGGAGGAGGAGGGGAGCAGCAGCGAAGAGUCGGAGGGGGAGGAGGAGGAGGAGGAGGAGGAGACCGGAAGCAACUCCGAGGACGCAUCCGGACAGUCAGCCGAGGAAGUGAGUGAAGAAGAAAUGAGUGAAGAGGAGGAGCGAGAGAAUGAAAACCACGUCUUGGUUGUUCCAGAGUCACGAUUUGACCGCGAUUCUGGAGAGAGCGAAGAGGGGGAAGAGGAGGUGGGCGAGGGCACCCCCCAGAGCAGCGCCCUCACCGAGGGGGACUUCGUGCCCGACUCCCCAGCCCUGUCACCCAUCGAGCUCAAACAGGAGCUGCCCAAGUACCUGCCAGCCCUGCAGGGCUGUCGGAGUGUGGAGGAAUUCCAGUGCCUGAACAGGAUUGAAGAAGGCACUUAUGGGGUGGUGUACAGAGCAAAGGACAAGAAAACAGAUGAAAUCGUGGCUCUGAAGCGGCUAAAAAUGGAGAAAGAGAAGGAAGGCUUCCCGAUCACAUCGCUGAGGGAGAUCAACACCAUCCUCAAGGCGCAGCAUCCCAACAUCGUCACCGUCAGGGAAAUCGUCGUGGGCAGCAACAUGGACAAGAUCUACAUCGUGAUGAACUACGUGGAGCACGACCUCAAGAGCCUCAUGGAGACCAUGAAGCAGCCCUUCCUGCCGGGGGAGGUGAAGACCCUGAUGAUCCAGCUGCUGCGUGGGGUGAAGCACCUGCACGACAACUGGAUCCUGCACCGAGACCUCAAGACAUCCAACCUGCUGCUGAGCCAUGCCGGCAUCCUCAAGGUGGGGGACUUCGGGCUGGCGCGGGAGUAUGGGUCCCCUCUGAAGGCCUACACCCCGGUGGUCGUGACCUUGUGGUACCGUGCCCCCGAGCUGCUGCUCGGCGCCAAGGAGUACUCCACGGCCGUGGACAUGUGGUCGGUGGGCUGCAUCUUUGGGGAGCUGCUGACUCAGAAGCCGCUGUUCCCUGGGAAGUCGGAAAUCGAUCAAAUCAACAAAGUGUUCAAGGACCUGGGGACCCCCAGUGAGAAAAUCUGGCCCGGCUACAAUGACCUCCCUGCAGUCAAGAAGAUGACCUUCACCGAGUACCCGUAUAACAACCUCCGCAAGCGCUUCGGGGCUCUGCUCUCAGACCAGGGCUUCGACCUCAUGAACAAGUUUCUGACCUACUUCCCUGGACGGAGGGUCAGCGCAGAGGAUGGCCUCAAGCACGAGUAUUUCCGCGAGACCCCCCUCCCCAUCGAUCCCUCCAUGUUCCCCACAUGGCCCGCCAAGAGCGAACAGCAGAGGGUGAAGCGGGGCACCAGCCCCCGGCCCCCAGAGGGAGGCCUGGGCUACAGCCAGCUGGGUGACGACGACCUGAAGGAGACGGGCUUCCACCUCACAACCACGAACCAGGGGGCCUCGGCCGCGGGCCCAGGCUUCAGCCUCAAGUUCUAAGGCUCAGAGCUGACCCCGGACCCACCUUGGGGAGCGCCAACCGCUGAGGCCCAGCUGGGACAGCGGCAGACACUGGAGGCGGCGUCUGGGUCCAGACCCCCGUCCUGCCCUGACCAGGUGCCGCCACUGCCACGGGGCUGCCGUGGACGCGACCUCAAGUCUAGGACUGGCUGCUGGCCUCGUGGGGUUCUCCAUGUUUUCACUUUAUCUUGGUUUGUAAAUUUGUAGAAUUAAAUCACGUUUUCCUUGC